CGUUUGUUUCUCCACAAUGGAACUACUGCUCCAAACAUCUACGUAGACUGUGGUCAACCUUCACCCUGACUCAGGAAUCUAUAACAGAGGAAAUGACCUUUGCCCAUGCCCCACGGACCAUGUCCAGUCAUAACUGCCAUAUGAUUUCAAGUUUACAAGUUGUCAGAUCCAAUGUUCAGCCACCCCGUCCUUCUAAAUCAGAAAAUGGCACUAAAAGUCCGAAAGAGUUGCUGAAAUCCCACAACAAUUUCUCACCAAGAACCAGCUUAUCUACCAUAGCUAGUUCUGUAUCUCAGAAAGCCAGUGAGGAGAAGGACAAGAGGAGAAGCAUUACAAAACCUGGAGAACAAACAGAAUCUUCACGCCUGGAGAGCUCUGCUCCAAAGUAUGUGACCAGAACUCGGCCCACAUAUUUCAAGGCCACCUUAAGUUCAAAGAAUAGGAUCAGUAGAGGCAGCGAUGUCAAUGCAGAUGCAACAUUUGUUGUAGAUAAGCCUCAGAGUUCAGCUCAUCAGAGGGUCAGGCCUCAAGGAAGAAUGAUGGGUUCCAAGCUGGCAAUUUAUGCUUCCACCCCAAAUUUAAUAGCAGGGCUUGAUGAUGAUGAUGACGAUGAAGAACCCAAACAAAAAGCACAAACUCCUGAUCAUUUUAGUUCUACUUCAAAUCUUCGGAUGCUAUCAGACUUGUCGCAAAGCGUUCCUGACGUUAAAGAUGCAGACUCAAGCACCGACAGCAGUUCAGGAGGUGGAGGAACUAAGCCAUCUAACAAGACAUUGGUAGGAGGACGGACUAGAGCAAGACUGUCUGUGCCAGUUACUGACAAGCAGCUGAUGCCACCACCACAAUCAGUUCCGGCAUCAUCACGUACUAUAUCAAGCAUUACCUUUGCCCUCAACCGACGAGAUAUAAAGGAACCUAAAACUUCAACUGCUCGUAGGAAAUCUGCGACUUCAGAAUUAACUCUGGAUCAGGCAAAGAGUAUUCUUUUGGGAAAAUCAGGUGUUCUUGGCGGCAGCAGUAAACCAACAGAUGUCACUUCACCCGCUGGUGCAGUUCGAGCAGUAAGAAACUCGAGGGGCUCGCUGUCAUCAGAUCAGUCCUCUUUGUCAGCUCUAACAUCAUCUAGUUCUCCCCCAGUUUUUGACAGUGAAUUAGCACAUACAAACCCCAUCCAGCUGGCAGUGGCGGAAGAGAUAGAGAAUACAGCAAAUAUGCUCCGUCACCAGAAGUCAGUUGGUAUCAUCAGCUCUGAACACUCACGUGCCCGGUCUUCAGAUCUUGAAGCUAGUCCACUGGAUCUUCCUGAAAGAGACCAACCUCAUAAACAUUCGUUAUCAUCCAAACUACAACAACCACCAUCAACAACUGUAUCAUCUUCGCAACCAAAUUUAGGACUACCUGCUUCAAAGUCAUUCCAACAAACUUUAACUUCGCGAGUUUCUGCUGAUCCGAUUUUGUCAUCUUCAGAAGAGAAUUCUGAUUCUGUUUUUCAUGAAUACCAAGAGACAGACAGCAAAAAUUCUCCAUCAGUCAAAGUUCGCAUUGCCCAGUACCAAUCUCAUAACCCUGCUAGGGAAGUUCCUGUGCAAAAUUGCAGUUUACAUCGUCGCAUUCUUCCAGCCUCACCGAACAUGGCAACCCUUCCAGCUGAUAACAGCCAGCCAGAUGUAUCUGUGAGUAGUUGCCAGCUUGCACUGAACAACUUUCGAUCGCAGUUAGAGUCUGUGAAAGAUCUCUUUACACAAGUGGAUGGCAGAACAGACGAACAUUCACAAGAAAUCCUGGCCAUGAUGGGACAAGUGUUUCAUGAAGCUAAAGAUGUCAUCACAGACUUGGCCAGUAGGACGCCUGGUCCAUCUCAGAAAAACCCUGGUGGUCUUUCAUUACAGCUGCAGCCAUCAUCGGUGCCUCAGAGUUCUCAGACUGAAACAUUCCAGGCUCCACCAUUAGAUGGAGCAUCUCUUGACGGCUGCAAAACAUCUUCAUCCACAGUCAACGGCAGACCUGAAGAAGCAAUUCAGGGCAAUAGAGGUGCCAUUCUUACAGCGACGAAAGAUUUACUCCAGCCUUUGGUAUCUCAGCUAUCUCAGGAUCUUAGCGAGGGAAUCUGGAAGCUCAUCCGAGAAAGAGUUGAUGAAACAUUUUAG